UUUAUUUUUUAGAUGAUGACUGGCACUAUCAAACAUAUUGAGAAACGGAGUAUAAAUGAUCCAGAGGUUGAAAUUCAGAGUGUGAGGUUGGACUGCAAGGUGGCGUCUCGAUUUGCUUAUACAGUCAUGACCACCAAAGCUCUGAAUAAAGGCAACUCUUCUAAGGAAAUAUUCUUCGAGGUGGAAUUACCAAAGACAGCUUUCAUCACCAACUUCAGCAUGGAAAUUGAGGGGAAGACCUAUGUGGGAGAGGUGAAGGAGAAGGAGAAGGCCAAGAAGCAGUAUGAAAAGGCCGUGUCUUCAGGACAGACUGCUGGACUGGUCAAGGCAUCAGGCAGAAAGAUGGAGAAAUUCUCAGUUUCAGUGAACAUUGCAGCCCUUAGUCCGGUUAUAUUUACACUGACAUAUGAGGAAUUGCUGAAGCGUCACCUGGGAAAAUACGAGAUAAUGACUCGUGUCAAACCAAAACAACUAGUCCAGCAUUUUGAGAUUCUGGCCGAUAUCUACGAGCCUCAAGGAAUUGCCUUCCUGGAUGCUUAUGGGACAUUUCUCACCAAUGAACUACUGCCCCUGGUGGAGAAAACUGUCACUGAC